ACCAUGAUUUCCAUGCCUUGCCCAUUCCUUCGGAUUUCACAGUAAUAACGAGGAGAAGUCUUAAUUGGAAGUAAGUAACCAGUUAAUUGGUCUGUUCCCGGUCUGAAGUGAAGAUUAAUCAAACGACCGGCAAUGACUUACAAUGUCCUAUGGUUGUUUCUUUCUCUGGAUCUGAUAUUUACCAGUGCCCUAGCUAUUGUUAAGCUACCGAAAAAUGCAACAGUUCCUGCUGUUUUUAUGUUCGGAGAUUCGAUAGUCGACACAGGCAACAAUAACAACCUAACAACCAUUAUAAAAAGCAAUUUCCCUCCCUACGGAAGAGACUUUCCCGGAGGAGUUCCAACCGGAAGAUUUAGCAAUGGCAAGGUUGCAUCCGACUUCGUUGUGGAGGAACUGGGGGUCAAAGAAUACUUGCCAGCCUAUCUUGAUCCAGAUCUACAAGAGACGGACUUGCUUACUGGAGUAAACUUUGCUUCAAGCGGCUCAGGCUAUGAUCCCUUGACAUCUACAAUUAUGAAUGCUAUGCCAUUAUCAAAACAGUUAGACAUGUUGAAGGAAUGCAUUGAGAAGCUGAACAAGUAUGUCGGAGAAGAGAAGGCGAACAGCAUUAUAAGCAACAGCUUUUUCAUGGUGGAAACAGGAAGUGAUGACCUUGUGAAUACCUACUAUCGUACACCGACACGUUUCUUUCAGUAUGAUAUUUAUGCCUACACUGAUCUCCUUCUCACCGAGGCUUCGGCAUUUGUGCAGAAAUUAUAUGAAUUGGGAGCACGGAGGAUAGGGAUCAUAAGUCUGCCACCAGUUGGAUGUAUACCGUCACAGAGAACAUUAGCAGGAGGUACAGAAAGAAGGUGCGUCGAGAAGUAUAACGAAGCUGCUGAGCUAUUCAACACCAAGUUAUCAGCGAUGGCGGAUUUUCAGACCAAUAACCUACCAGAUGCCAGAGUCGUCUUCAUGGAUGCAUACAAUCCUUUCCUUCAUAUCCUCCAACACAUACACAAAUAUGGAUUUGAAGUUGUGGAUAAAGGGUGUUGUGGAACAGGGAUGAUAGAGGUGAUCUUUCUUUGUAAUAGAUGGGCUCCUAACACAUGUACAAACGUGUCGAGGUAUGUGUUUUGGGACAGUUAUCAUCCUACGGAAAAAGCAUAUCAGAUUCAUACCCAUCAAGUACUCCAAAACUCCAUCCAUUCUUUCUUCUGAUCAUCGAAGAUGCCGCUGGCUGAUGAUCAUUGAUCUGGCCUUGCUGGAUAUUCAUGUGUAAUCGAUCAGCAUUUGAAGCAAUCUAUCAGCAUUUAUGAUUCAGUUGACAAUUGGAUCAGUCUAAUCUAUUUUGGUGUUAAAAGAACCUGUAGACAUAUACUUCAUCCAUAUAUGCUUAAUUACAGCUAAUACAAAAAUCAACUUAUUUCAA